GGUAUAUAUAGAGCCUGAGGGGACGAGCAGAUCAGAUAAUCUGCUGGAUUCGUUGCAACAAUACAGUUACGAAGAUGCAUAAGACUUUCCUGUUCUUUGUGGCGGUUGCCUUGGUCACUCUACUGGUCCCCAUCGCAGCGGCAAAACUGAGUCUUGGAGGUAAUGGAAAUCAUAACCCUGUCAUCGACCUGAACUUGGAAGAAAUAAGGCUGAGCACAGACAACCAGCUCGCGGAAAUAGUCCUAGAUAACAUCGGAAAACCGGUCAACUGGAAUGUGCUUUGCAAUACAGAGCAUGAGAAUCCUUCCCUCUGCAACGAGUUCCUGCACUACCGGUCCAGCGAUGGUACCUGCAACAACCUGCAGAAUCAGAGCUGGGGAGCCGCUUUCAUGCCCUACCGACGCCUGGCUGGGCACGACUAUGGUGACGGCAUUUCGAUGCCGCGUAAAGCCAGUGACAGUAGCGACCUACCCAACGCCCGCCUUGUCAGCCACGCCGUCGGAAGACUGCCCAGCUCUCCGUCCUCCUCCCGUACAUUGCUGCACGAGCUCUUCGGCAUCUUCGUGGGUCUCGACCUGGCCGCCACGCCCUUAGUUGCAAGUGCUGAAGGCGAAACCACUUCGUGUUGCCAAAAGUCCUUGGAUGCCGUCACUGUUAUGAUCAACUCCGAGUGCGCCAGCGUCAGCAUCUCUCUCAGGGACCCGUUCCUAAGCCAAUUAGAGCAGACGUGCAUGCCGUUGCUGCGCUCAGCCCCUGCGCCGACAUGCAAACCAGGCCCGAGGGAUCAGAUGAACGUGGCAACCGCCUACCUUGAUGCCUCCAUGAUCUAUGGCUCUGACCAAGACUCGACGAAGUCACGCCGCACCUUCCAUAAUGGCCAUCUGCAUGUUACUGACGGAAGUGUGGACUUUAGCGAAUCCCCGUACUUGAUCUCAACGGAGAUAUCGGCCAUGGUCAAAGUCAUCUUUCGCAUGCUCAUUCGCUACCACAACAACGUAGCGGAUCGCCUCAAGGAAAUCAAUGUGGGAUGGAAUGAUGAGAACCUUUUCCAGGAAGCCCGCAGGAUAGUGGUCGCCCAAGUACAGCAUGUCGUUUACAACGAAUAUAUUUAUAAACUACUCGGACCACAAGCGAUCACUGAAUACCAGCUGACGCCUCUCACUGAGGCACACCGAAGACAAGACUACGAUGCUGGCAUGACUCUUGCGACUACUUCCGAGUUCGAAACUGCGACCCUUCACUUCAGCCAGAGCCAGAUUCCGGACCAAAUUGAGGUAGUAGACGCUUUUGGGAAGGUCACACAAAUAGAUCUUUCCUCCGCCACACUUGAAGAGUCCCUUGGGCUUGCACCUGCCGACGUGCUUCGUGGCGUCAGCCGGCAGGAUGUCAGUAAUAUGGUCUUUACAAACGAGAUAACGGCCACAUCAUUCCCUGGCGACGAGCCUCUCAGAAUCGACUUACUUGCUCUCAACACCCAGCGUGGGCGUGAGCAUGGCUUGAAAGGAUACACGGCGGUGCGGGCGGCCUGCUCAAACCAAGUGAUCAAGACUUUCGCAGACUUGACCAACAGCAUGGACCAAGAAGUCAUCGACCGCCUUCAGAGCGUGUACACAGACGUAAGGGAUAUUGAUCUAUUGGUCGGUGGAGCUUCUGAACGACCAGUCCCCGAUGGAGAACUGGGGCCCACCUUCACUUGCGUUCUAGCAAAGCAGUUCGCCAGAAUUCGCCGGGCAGACAGGUACUGGUACGAGACCAAUAUCGACGAUACUAAAUUCAACAAUGAGCAACUGAGAGCAUUGCGCAGUACGACUCUUGCGGGCAUCAUGUGCGACGCCUUCCCUGAACUGCAAAUGGUUCAGAGGCGUCCCUUCGAGGUGGUUUCGGCAAAGAACCCUCUGGUGUCUUGUGAGACCGUACCCCGUGUGGUACUCAAGGCAUGGGGAAAUUAGUGCCUCAAGAAGGGUGCACUAUUGGAGUGGUCUUACCUGUGUCCAAUUGAAACAAAGUAAAUCAUUUCGUUCA